CAACAUCCGUGAAAUUGUUUCACUAGCUCCUUUGCUAUGACGACAAUUGCAGCUUCUGUGGCCGCUUUGUUACCGGUUUUUCGGUCGAUUCGGAGACAUGUGGCAGUCAAAACGACGUCAUGUUUGGCGGAGAUUAGAAGGUUGGAGAUGAGGAAUGUACAAGGUACGAGAAAGAGAUUGAAGGAUUACUUCGAGGAGUCUAAAGAUUUGAUUAAAUCAGACGGUGGUCCGCCUUGCUGGUUCUCGCCGUUGGAGUGUGGGUCCUGCUCUCAGGGUUCUCCUCUCCUCUUCUUUUUGCCUGGAAUUGAUGGUGUGGGACUUGGACUAAUAAAGCAUCAUCACAUGCUUGGAAAGAUUUUUGAUAUAUGGUGCUUGUAUAUUCCAGUCAAGGAUAGAACAUCAUUUACAGGCCUUGUCGAGCUGGUUGAAGAAACAGUUAGGUCAGAAAGUCAUCAUUCACCAGCUAGACCUAUAUAUCUUUUUGGAGAAUCUCUUGGGGCAUGCAUUGCACUAGCUGUUGCAUCUCGCAAUCCUGCUGCAGAUCUUGUACUAAUUUUAGCUAACCCAGCUACAUCUUUCGGCAAGUCACAGCUCCAAGCAUUACUACCUUUUUCGGAAGUCAUCUCUGACCUACUCGAUCUUAGCUUUCCUUAUAUACUGAGCUCAAUGAAAGGUAAUCUUCUGAAAAUGGUGACCGCUAGCAUGGUGAAGGGAAUUCCUUUGCAACAAACAGUUGCAGAUCUAUCUCAAGAUUUAGUUGCAAUGCCAUCUUACCUCUCUGUUCUCACUGACAUCUUACCACAAAAAACAUUGAUCUGGAAGCUUCAGAUGCUUAAAACAGCUUCUGCAUUUGUCAAUUCAUGCAUUCAUGCUGUAAAAGCUCAAACGCUGAUACUUUCCAGUGGAAGAGAUCAAUUGCUACCUAGUAAAGAGGAAGGUGAAAGACUUUGUCAUGUACUACAAAAGUGUGAGACUCGGCAUUUUUGGAACAAUGGUCAUUUCCUUUUUUUGGAAGAUGGUCUUGACUUGGUAAGUAUCAUCAAGGGUUCAUAUUUCUAUCGUUGUGGAAAGUGCCUCGACUAUGUAUCAGAUUAUGUGCCAUUAACCCCUUCUGAAUUUAAUAGAGUAUAUGCAUAUCACAGAGUACUUAGCUACAUUUCUUCUCCCAUGCUACUCUCCACUUCUGAGGAUGGGAAGAUUGUGAAGGGACUUGGGGGCAUUCCUUCUGAGGGACCAGUCUUGUUCGUCGGCUAUCACAUGCUUUUGGGAUUGGAAUUAAUCCCUAUGAUCUGUCGACUCUUUAUUGAAAGGAAAAUAAGUUUGCGAGGAGUAGCACACCCAUUUUUGUUUACAAAAUUGAGAGAAAAUUCAUGCCAUUAUAUACCACCAUUUGAUGCAAUCGCAAUGACUGGUGCCGUUCCUGUCUCAGCAAAUAACUUCUAUAAACUUCUAUCAUCAAAGUCUCAUAUCCUAUUAUAUCCGGGAGGUUUACGUGAGGCUCUUCAUCGGAAGGGUGAGGAGUAUAAGUUAUUCUGGCCAAAACAGCCGGAAUUUAUCAGGAUGGCGGCUAUAUUUGGAGCUAAAAUUAUACCAUUUGGUGUUGUUGGAGAAGAUGAUCUCUCUAAAAUACUUUUUGAUUAUGACGAUCAAAUAAAUGUUCCUUAUAUGCGGUCCAAAAUAGAAGAAGUGACAAAUGAAGUCAAGAAGUUCAGGACAGCGACAGAUGGGGAGGUGGCCAACCAACAUUUACACUUUCCUAUAAUUCUGCCAAAAUUUCCGGGUCCGUUUUAUUAUUAUUUUGGGAAACCAAUUGAAACAGAAGGGAAGAGUGAGGAAUUAAGAGAUAGGGAGAAAUCUCGUGAACUAUACUUGCAAGUUCAAGCUGAGGUUGAGAAGUGUCUAACUUUUCUUAAGGAGAAAAGAGAAAAUGAUCCGUACCGGAAUAUGUUGAACCGGCUGGCUUACCGAGCUACUCAUGGCCUUACAUCCGAAGUUCCCACAUUUGCACUGUAAUUCACCAUUUCUUAGCUCAUGUUUAGUCGGAAGCAAAUUAUAGGGAUUGCUAUGUUGAUCAAGUUUCUACAAGGCUUUAAAAUGGCAUUUUGCACCCAUGGUAUUUAUUAUUUUUGUAUUUCUUGUAUAAAGUUUGUUAUGUUUAAAAAUAUAAGGGCUAACGUAAGGUCCAGUUAGCAUGCAAAAAUCAGAUCAUUGGAAUGCCCGCAGCCUGCUUCUGUCAGAACAGUGGGCGGGCGCCAGGUCAGCUAAGAGCUAUGAUGAUCCCACGUGUUCAAUCCCUGCUCCAAAUCGUGCAAAUCUCUAUAGAAGGUGGGCAAUGUGAUAUAAAGAAGGAUUUUGCAAGGAUAAUCUCACUAACCUGCAGAUUCAGUGAUGAUUGCCUCAAUCAAUUCCUCUAUAAAUUGAGAGCUACUCUCUCAUUGAAGGGGAUUCGUAUAUUUUACAUUUGAUUAGAUACUUUUUCUCUCUCUCUAGAAUUUUCAGCAUUUGAUACCUUGUAUUACCAUUGUAAAGUCAGUCAGCUGAAGCGACCUGACCCUUAUCAUCAAUAUAAGCAUCAGUGGACGUAUGACUUGCUACCUUAGCAUCCGAACCACUUUAAAAAUUGUCUCCAUUGCAUUUACUGUCGUUUUCCUUUACAUUCACGUGUAUCUUUUGGGCCAAUUCAACAUUUCACACGUGUAUUUUGUUGGUGUAAAAAUCACGCAUCAACAGUUUGACGUUAGAGGAAGGGCAUGAUUUAGUGUUCAUCCUUCAUCAGGAGAAUCUCCAACUCACCGGUUCUACAACAGUAAAUGGCCUGUCAACCAGAACUUGAGCAAACCAACCAGGGCGUCGAGGGGCUUCCCCAAGUCCAGGGGGACACUUCUUCCAAGAAACCUUAGCUCUGUAAAAUGCUGCAGGGGAUAUCCCGUCAAGUUCACAGCUUGACCCUGCCAUCAGAAACUACCUGAAGAGGUUUGACAAUACUCUCCAGACGGUCAACCGAAGGUUGGACCGUUUAGACCAAUGCGUGCCAUCCAAGUCAGCUGCGGCGGUGCAAUCGCCAAAGACUCCUGCAGGUCGCGCUAAAGCGCAGCAAAGAGAAAUAGCCUUUGUCGCAAGCACUGUAGCGCGUAGACGAAAGGGUAAGCAAGUGGCAAAAAACAAGCCCACGAGCUCUAAAGGGCCAGCAAACAUCGACCGCGUCCCAAACAGAAUACCAGACUCGUUGAGACUCGGUGAAAGGACGCAACCCGAGCUAUUGUUAGAGUCAUGAAAGUGACUCUAUUUCGUUGAUAAAAAGAUCCCAUAUGUUAUUGAAUUGAAGUU